AUGCCCGACUUUACAGAAGCGGACACUAUCCGCAUCUUGGUUGCGACAGACAACCAUGUCGGCUACGAGGAGCGAGACCCGAUUCGCAAGGACGAUAGCUGGAAAACGUUCGACGAGAUUCUGAACCUCGCCAAGAGCCAAGAUGUCGACAUGGUGUUAUUAGGCGGCGACCUCUUUCACGAUAAUAAGCCCUCCCGAAAGUCCAUGUAUCAGGUCAUGCGCAGUCUUCGCAAGAACUGCUUAGGCAUGAAGCCCUGCGAGCUCGAGUUCCUAAGCGAUGCAAACGAAGUCUUUGAGGGUGCCUUCCCUCACGUCAACUACGAAGACCCCGACAUCAACAUCUCCAUACCCGUCUUUUCGAUCCACGGCAACCACGAUGAUCCCAGCGGCGAGGGCCACUUCUGUUCCCUGGACCUGCUCCAGGUUGCUGGGCUGGUCAACUACUUUGGUCGCAUUGCCGAGGCCGACAACAUUGAAGCCAAGCCGGUAUUACUACAAAAGGGUCAGACCAAGCUUGCGCUAUUCGGCUUGAGCAAUGUUCGUGAUGAGCGCAUGUUCCGAACAUUCAGGGACCACAAGGUCAAGUGGUUCCGCCCAGGUGUCCAGCAGUCAGACUGGUUCAACCUGCUCACUGUACAUCAGAACCACCACGCACAUACUGCAACAUCCUAUCUUCCCGAAAAUGUGCUACCCGACUGGAUGGAUCUUGUAGUCUGGGGCCAUGAGCACGAGUGCUUGAUUGACCCUCAGCAGAACCCGGAGACCGGCUUCCACGUCAUGCAACCCGGUUCCUCGGUAGCGACAUCUCUGGUCCCUGGUGAGGCGGUGCCAAAGCACGUGGCGAUUUUGAACGUCACAGGCAGAGAGUUCAAGGUUGAGAAAUUACCAUUGAAGACCGUACGCCCAUUCAUUACGAAAGAGAUCCAAUUAUCGACCGAUGCGCGGUUUAAGGGGCUGCACACGAAGAAGGAAAACAGGCAGGAGUUAACCAAGAGACUGAUGGUAGUUGUAGACGAGAUGAUUCAAGAGGCGAAUGAGGAGUGGUUCGCUGUCCAGGAGAACGACGACGAGGAACCUCCACUGCCCUUGAUUCGCCUCAAAGUGGAGUAUACAGCUCCGGAGGGUGGUCAGUACGACUGCGAGAAUCCCCAGCGAUUUUCAAAUAGGUUCAUCGGCAAGGUGGCAAACACCAAUGAUGUCGUGUACUUCCACCGCAAGAAGGCUGGUGCCACAAGACGAACGAAUGACACGGACAUUCCCGAGGCUCUCGAAGAAACACUAGGUCUAGACACUAUCAAAGUGGAGGCCCUCGUACAGGAGUUCCUCGCAGCCCAGUCUCUGAAGAUCCUGCCAACGGCACCCUUCGGCGAUGCCGUCAACCAGUUCGUCAACAAGGACGACAAGCACGCGAUGGAGGAGUUCGUUAGCGAAUCUUUGGCCGGCCAGGUGAAGCAAAUGCUUAACCUUGACUCCGAUGAGGAUGACUUGGAUAUUGCAAUGGAGGCGUAUCGGGCGAAGCUCGAAGAGGCUUUCUCCAAGGGAGCCCUGAAGAAGACUUCCAGGCGUACUGUCAAACCGAAGCCAGACGAGUGGGACUCCGACCUUGAUGGGCACUGGGAGGAUCAGCCUGGAGUGGUUGAGACCGAGGCUGUCGCUCAGCCUACAGCCAAGUCACGAAGGACUGCUACCCAGGAUGAUGAGGAUGACCUGAUGGACGAGGACGAACCCCCCGCCCGUCAAGCACCUGCAAAGAAAGCAACAGCCACUCGAGCUACGAAAGCUGCCCCAGCGAAGAAAGCCCCAGCCAAGAAAGCUCCAGCCAAGAAGCCGCCCGCGCGAGGUCGCAAGAAGCCCGUCUUUGAGGAAGAAUCCGAGGAAGAGGACGUGGUGAUGGAUGACGACUUUGAAGAGCCGCCACCGCCGCCACCGACUACUCGGGGCAAGCGAUCUCAGCCUGCACGUGCGGCUCCGAAGACUACCCGGCAGACUAAGCUCAACUUCUCGCAGGCUACCGCCUCUCAAGCCGCUGUCGAGAUCAGCGAUGAUGAGAUUUCGGACGAGGAUGCGUUCGAGCCGGCGCCGGCCACCACGCGUAGCAGACGGAGAUAG